AUGCAAGAGCUCUCGGACGAGAGCCUCCGCCUGAUCGAAGCCGAGUUUGAUGCCCACCGACGCCACGUCGAGGCGACGCGCGAAGCGUACCAGCGUCAAAAGGCGGCGGCACUCACACAAAAGGCGACCGAUCUGCGCGCGACGCUCGGCGACCUCGACGCCCAAGUGGCUGCAUCCCGGAUGGCGCAGCAACUGGAGCUCCAACGAGAAGCGUGGCACGUCACAAGAAGCCACGAGCUCGAAGAAGCGACGCGCCGGCGCUUGGACUUGGAGCAACUGCAGCAGAAACGACAACAUCUGGAGCGCCUUGAGCAAACAUCCAUGAUACAGCUGGAUGCGAUUGAUGCCGAGCGAUCGCGGCGGCGGCAGCGCGACGUCAACCAGAUUGAACACUUGCUCGUCAAAGGGUCGGUGCUCGAGCGCCAGCUCCCGCACGACGCCUUGCUGGAUAUUGUGGCGGAGACAACACCGACCAUCCAGUCGGUCCACUUUUCCAACGAGUGCGAAGGUCGACUGCGCAUCGAGCACGAGCAAGCGACGCACCGACGUCACGACCAGCUUCGGCAGCUCAACGCCGACCGCGCUGCUCUUGAAGAACACGAGGAGAAGCUCCGGCAAAAGCAACGCGAGCUCCAUUACUUGGCGUCCAAAGGCGUCGACUUUCUCGUUGAGAUUGAGUUUGGGCACGCGCCGCCGAUACCCGCGCCUGAUACCGACGUCGACACAAUCGACGACGUCCUCGACGACGCAGCCAAGUGGCUCGCGUCUGGUACCUCCACAUUGUGGUGA